ACACGGUCACUCUUCUGGCUUGCGCGUGGGAUGUUCAGUCAGCAUGUUGGUGCGCACCGGUUGAAAGCUGCGCUGGUACUCGUGUGUGUGUGUAACUCCGCUCUGUCCCGGGAUGAGACUUCACCAGCAGCUGCGAGAGCUGUGAGGUCCAUAGUGGAAGCACGCGGGGACACGUCGCGUACACCUGCGGCUGGAUGGAGGGACUUGCGCCGCAGCCGCUGUCGCCGCACUCCACCGAUUGCUUCACCUCCACUCGUGGUCCACGAGGGAGCGCGCUUGUAAGCUGAUUUAACCCGGGGGAUGUGAAUACCUCUCCGGGAUUAGUAGGUUAUUGGGUGAACGACAAUGCCCCGCGGCUCGGUCCGGCACUCCCGGCUAUUGUUCGUGCGGCGGCGGACGCUGGGUGCCCGGUCUAGCCCGGUUCAUCUCCAGUAAACUGUACAGCGUCUGCUCCUGUGGCCCCCCUCCCUCGCUGCUUCGCUCAGGUCGCCCUCCCGGUGUGGACAGGAUAAUAUGACUUCCUGGCUCCGCGCAUACGGCAGCGUCCCUCUGUGUCUCCUGCUCUGCUGCGUGGUGGUCGCUGUCUGCGCAGAAGCUUCCAGUGCCGGUGACAGUGUGUGUUGGUCUCCUAGUGUCGCUUCUUGUACAGAGUGUCUCAGACGUGGGCCACAGUGUGCCUGGUGCUUCAAGGAGGACUUUCUGGAUGGGGCCGGGCCGAACCAGCGCUGCGACCUGCCAGUGAAGCUGCUCAGGAGAGGCUGUGGACCGGAGUUCAUGGAACAGUCAGAGAUCAAGGUGGAGGUCAACGCGACGGUCAGCAGCACUCAAGUGUCCCCACGAGACAUCAGCGUCACCCUCAGACCAGGUGCAGAGGCUAGCGUCGUAGUGGCUGUGAAGCAGCUUGAGCGUUACCCUGUGGACCUGUACUACCUGGUUGAUGUGUCGGCGUCUAUGCAGGAAAACCUUGAUCAUUUGAAGACAGUGGGCGUAGCGCUGUCUCUUCGUAUGACGGAGCACUCCUCGGACCUUUGGCUGGGUUUCGGCUCGUUUGUUGAUAAACCUGUGUCCCCUUACAUCAAUGUCCACCCCUCCAAGAUCAACAACCCCUGCAGUGAUUAUGAGAUCCGCUGUCGCCCGGCCCACGGCUUCCACCACGUCCUGAGCAUGACUGGAAACAUGAGCGAGUUCACGCGUGUGAUAAAACGCCAGCGAAUCUCUGGAAACAUGGACACACCUGAGGGAGGACUGGAUGCUAUGCUGCAAGCUGCCGUCUGCCAGAGAUCCGUGGGUUGGCGACCACAGGCCAAGCGUCUGCUGCUCCUGAUGACCGAUCAGCCGUCUCACCUUGCCUUGGAUAGCCGACUGGCGGGGAUUGUGACGCCGCACGACGGACUGUGUCACCUGGAAAACAAUGUCUACACAGGGAGCACGAAGAUGGACCACCCUAGUUUGGGUCAGUUGUCUGAUAAGCUGCUUGAAAACCAUAUUUACUCCAUCUUUGCUGUGGAGAAGCAGCAGUACCAGUGGUACGAGGAGUUGGUACGAUUACUGCCUGGCUCCCACCUGGGAAAGUUAGGCCUCUUCCAAGCUCCGAACCUUAUAGAGCUGGUGGUGGACGCCUACAAGAGGUUGUUGUCAGAGGUGUCAGUGUCAGUGUCAGUGGAGGACAAGGCAGUCAGCAGGUACUGGGUGUCUGUAACUCCUCUCUGUCCCGAUGGAUCCACUGUGAAGGACCAGAGCUGCACGGGGGUGCAGCCAGAUCAGACGGUCUACUUCAAUAUCACCAUCGGCAUGCGCUCUUGUCCUGACGACGGCAAAGAUGAAGAUGUCACAGUGUUGGUUCGACCUUUGGGUUACAAUGAAUCGACAGUUGUAAGGAUCCACUCCAAAUGCCGCUGCAAUUGUGGACCCACGGGGCGCUGCAACGAUGAAGACCAGUCACCAUGCGGAGGAGCACAGGAGAGCUCCAAUCAGGAGCAGACGCCAGCGCAUGGACUAAUUAAGGACUCAGACGGAGAUUCAAACCACAACUGCAGAGCAGAUGGGUCUGAUGUGGACUGCAGUGGUCGGGGAGUGUGUGAGUGUGGGAGGUGUGUGUGUGAUGAAACCAGGCUUGGGACUGUAUACGGGAAAUACUGCGAGAUAGAUGACUUCUCCUGCCCGUAUGAAGGGGGACUGCUGUGUGGAGGGCGUGGUGUGUGUGUGUCAGGUGAGUGUGUGUGCGAGGAUGACUGGACGGGUGAUAGCUGUGCUUGUCCCGUCUCCACAGCAACCUGCCAAUCCGCCGACGGCUUGCUUUGCAGCGGGCGGGGCAGAUGUGUGUGUGGCCAGUGUGUGUGUGACGACCCCCGACAAUCUGGAGACUUCUGUGAGAGAUGUCCUGCUUGCCAAAGCACCUGCCAAUCAUACUGGAAGUGUGUCGACUGCCACCUUUCUCACGGUCUCACACAGAAAGAGGCAGGAGUCUGCAACAACACCUGUGCUCCAUUGGUGGGCUACAUGGACGACGUAUUAGGCCAAGCAGGGGAGAUGUGGAUCCAGUGUAUGUACAUCAGUAAUGACGGCUGUCGCUAUCGCUUUCAAACAAGCUCGCAGUCGAGUCAGACACAGCUUCACAUAAGCAGAAGACCAGAGUGUGCCAGCAGCAGCCGACUGGUAGGAACAUUCCUGAGCGUGUGUGCCCUGACAGUGCUGUGCGGGCUGGUGGUGGUGGCUGUGUCCCGGCUGCUGCUACAGAAGAGAGGCUUGUCACCAGAGGGCGUUGCUGAGGACAGAGGCUAUCACUGCACUGGAAAGGACCUGUCGUACAUCCCAACAACCAAUGAGAAGACAGUCACCUACAGGAGGGAUCGUCCACCUGACCGGCCCGUUGAGAUGCACAUCCAGGUUUCCAAGAUGAACCUCAGCGACGCCUGGCAGUGCUAGGCAAAGGUCAAAGGUCAGACGGAUAUUAACACAGAGGGAGAUUCAACUAAAGGCUUCUUUUCUGCCUCUAAACCUUCAUGAAACUUCAACCAGCUGCAUGUGGAGACGCAGAUAACGAAUAACUAAACUAUGAAACCUCCAUGGGAUCCCAUUGGUUAAACGAACUGACCAAGCUCUCAUCAACUGUGUGACUGAAGUGGCCAGUAUCCUGGAAGACGAAACGAAGAGCACAUGUCCCCCCACCUCUUUUUCCUCUGUAGCAGCUUCUUCCGCAGGGUAAAGGGUGGUCGUUCUUCAUUUUUUAGCCAUGCAGCAAUCACUGCUCUAACUUAUGAGUGUGUGUGUGAGCGGGUGUGUGUGAGAAAGAGAGAUAAGGAGAGUGCAUGUGGUGCGGGUAGACACAUUUUUGCUCUAUUUAGGCCUUCUAUUUAUGAUUUUAUAGUAAAAACACUACAUGUUUUGGGUUUAUGUGAUCAUGAGGCACUCCAACACUUCAAUGCUCCAACUGAACCAUCUCCCUGUCUUAUUCUGCCCCCUUGUGGCCAGCUUGAGGUACGACAUUUUCUCCUCCAAUAAUACUGUCAACACAUUACUGACCUCAGCUGUACUGCCUUGGGAUUUAAUCCACAAAGCACACCAUUGACUCUGUAUGCCUUUUUUUUUGUGUUCUUGAUUUAUUUAGAUGUUUAGUCAUGUGUGGCAUACUUCUCGUUUCUUUGUUGCAUUUUGUUUUUGUUAACCGAUCAACUGCAAAUUAGUGUUACCUUAUGACAUUUUUUUUUAUCAUGAUCAGUGAGAGUAUAGUUUCAUGUGAUUGUCAGUCGUUGACGAUCUGAUUAGACUUGCACUAGAACAAUUGUUUUUGCAUUAUACUACUGAAGACUGUGGGAUCUCUGGGGCAGGAGAGCUGCGAUUGUGGGUUUGACAUGUUGGGCAUUAGAAGUCACCUAUCUACGCAUUAAGUGCAUUUGAAGCUAAUGUAACAAAUCCACAACACUGGAAUAACUAUGGAUUGGAAAAUCUUAUUUUUAAAAAAGCGACAUACUGGCAAGUAAUGGCAACUGCAUCAUCAAACGCCUGCACGUGUAGCCUCUAUAACAGACAGAGAGCAAAGAACUGUGUCUGCAUGCAUCUACUGAUCAUCCCAGAGCCAUUACUGAUGCGUUUAGACUCCGAGACUAACUCCUGGGCAGAGGUACAAAUCAGCUCUGAAGGCACUGGGAUCAGUGAGAUCAGAGGAGGACUUACACCCCUCAUGCACUAGAUCCUCUGGAUCCAGAGUGCCAGUUGCAUCUUGUAAGACUUGCGCUCGCCCAAUCCUGUUCCUCUUUGAGUUUUAUUUAACACAUUGUUGUUUACAGCAAUAGCUGCUUUCUGUUACUGUAAGUCAGGAACACUAAUUAUUAUUUAUUGUGAUUUUUUUUUCCUUUUUAUUUAUGUUAAUUGUACUAUUUUAUGAUUAGGCUACUUGGGUGACAGGUAGUAAGUACUGUUUGUGUUUAUGAAGAGUGGUCUCUGUCUCUAACCACGAGAGUAAUGCAGCAAUAAGGUUAUAAUCAUCUCAUCUGACCGGACACUGAGUUCGGAGUAACAACAGCACUUUCCUGUGUAGUUUUGCUGUCUAUUAAUGUGAUUAGUUGCGUAGCGUGAAUGUUUUCAUCACAAUAAAAUGUGCAAGAUUUUUUUUUUU